GGCAACCUGCCGGGCAUAUAAAGUCCCGUCUCUCGCAACGCAGGCUUCAUAAUGUCAGGGCUAGAAACUCAACAUCUUAGCAGUGAGCGUUUGUUUCUUAUAUUUCAAAAUGCCAUCCCGUGAAAAUGGUCUUUCUGGCUCUGCUCCUAAUACCGGGGGCCAGGUUAAUGAUGCUAGUACGACAUUCUCCCCCAUCGCGAUAUGUGGAAUGGCCCUUCGACUCCCCGGUGGACUGGGGAGUCCGCAAGCCCUCUGGGACUUCUUGAUAGCCAAAGGCGAUGCGCGGUCACGGGUCCCUGAGUCACGAUACAAUGUAUCGGCCUUCCACUCCCCAUCCAAGCGACCAGGCACGGUGGUGACCGAGUACGGCUAUUUCCUCGACGAGAGCAUCAAGCUCGGUGCGCUGGAUGCGUCCCGCUUCUCACUCAGUCGGGCUGAGCUAGAGGCCGCCGAUCCUCAGCAGCGCCAGAUGUUGGAGGUGGUGAGAGAGUGUUUCGACGACGCGGGGGAAGUCAACUUCCGUGCCCAGCCCAUUGGCUGCUACAUGGGGUGUUACGGGGAGGACUGGCUGGAGUUGCAAAACAAAGACCCCCAGCAAAAUGGCAUGAACCGGGUGGAUGGAUAUAGUGACUUCAUGCUGUCGAAUCGGGUCUCAUAUGAAAUGGACCUGCGCGGGCCCAGUAUAACCAUCCGCACCGCGUGCUCAUCUGCGUUAGUGGGGCUAAAUGAAGCGUGUCUAGCCCUCCAACGAGGGGACUGCGACGCCGCUGUCGUUGGGGGGUCGAGCUUGAUCUUUGCGCCAGCCGGGACGGCGUUUAUGACCGAGAAGGGGGUUCUGUCCCCCGACGGGUCCUGCAAGACCUUCUCGGCGGAUGCGAACGGCUACGCGAGAGGCGAGGCCAUCACCGCCGUGUUCGUCAAGCCUCUGGCCGCAGCCCUUCGCGACGGGAAUCCCAUCCGGGCGGUGAUCCGGUCCGUCAUGUCCAACAGCGAUGGGAAAACACCGGGCAUCGCCCACCCCAGCACCGACAGCCAGGAGGCUCUGAUCCGGAAAGCGUACCGGGCUGCUGGCAUUACGAACAUGGCCGAGACAGCCUUCGUCGAGUGCCACGGCACGGGCACCCCGACAGGCGACCCGGUCGAAACGCUGGCCGUUGCGCGGGUCUUUGGCGAUGCAGGCGUGUAUAUUGGAUCGGUCAAGCCCAACCUAGGCCAUUCCGAGGGCGCGUCCGGGCUAACAUCCCUAAUAAAGGGUGUCCUCGCCUUGGAGAAUCGCAUCAUCCCUCCCAAUAUCAAAUUCACUGCCCCCAACCCGAAGAUCCCAUUCGAGGCCUGCAAACUAACGGUGCCCCUCGACCCAACGCCGUGGCCGGAAUCGCGAUGGGAGCGGGUCAGCAUCAACUCGUUUGGCGUGGGAGGAUCCAACGCGCAUCUAAUCCUCGACUCUGCUCGUAGCUUCCAGAUUCCAAACCCGACGCCGGACGAUUUCCUUGCCGGCCCCCAGCUGCUGCUUCUCUCCGCCAGCCUGUGUGAUCUGGCCUACACCCUAGCUACCCGCCGAGAGCAUCUCCCGCAUCGAUCCUUCCUGAUUGCCGGUCCAGACCGAAUUGUCACCCCAUCGCCCGGCCGGAAGGUUCCCACCUCCGCGCCCAGCCUCGCCAUGGUCUUCACCGGUCAAGGCGCACAAUGGGCACGCAUGGGACGGGACCUCCUCCUGCGCUCCGACUUUUCGUUCCAGAACACUAUCCGGGCGCUGGACAAAUACCUGAAAGCAGCCCCGAACGGUCCCGAGUGGCGAUUGGAGGAAGAGCUCCUCAAGCCGGCCCUGACGUCCCGAGUCCAGACGGCCGAGCUCUCGCAGCCCCUUUGCACAGCCGUCCAAAUCGGCUUGGUGGAUCUCUUCGCCGCAGUCGGAGUCACCCCGGCGGCGGUGGUUGGCCACAGUAGCGGAGAGAUUGGAGCUGCCUACGCUGCGGGAGCCUUGACCGCGCGGGAGGCCAUCAUUGCGGCCUGGCAGCGAGGUCUGGCCGCUGCAGGGCAAACCCGCCCUGGCGCCAUGGCGGCAAUAGGGCUAUGCUGGGAGGAGGUCCAGAGCUUUCUCUCACCUCCCACUGUUGUAGUCGCCUGUGAGAAUUCCCCCAAGAGCGUCACUCUCUCCGGAGACACCCAGGAGGUGCAAGCCGCGGUUGCACGGAUCAAAAAGGAGCAUCCCACGGUCACGGCUCGGCUUCUCAAAGUUGAUAAGGCCUAUCAUUCCUACCACAUGCGCGAGGUCGGAACCAACUACUCAACCACUAUCGGCCGCGACCUGGUUGGGAGGCGACCCGGGAAGCUGUUCUUCUCCAGCGUCACCGGCAAGCAGGAACAGGAUCUGCCCCUGGACGCGGCCUACUGGCAACGCAACCUGGAAUCUCCCGUGCUUUUCCGGGCCGCGGUCUCCGAGCUCCUUGAUCAUGUCGACAAUGUCGCCUUCCUGGAGAUCGGACCACAUGCCGCGCUCGCAGGGCCCGUGAGACAGAUCCUGACUGCUCGGGCGUCUUCGAACUCGGCCCCGUACAUCGCGGCGAUGAGCCGCGGUGAGAAUUGCGUGGAGUCGUUCCUCACAGCGCUCGGAAAGCUCUUCCAGCUGAACUUUCCGGUCAGUCUGAAUGCCCUCUACCCCUCGGGAUCCUGCUUGCCCGGACUGCCUCGGUACCCCUGGGACCAUGGGGUCGACUACUGGCGCGAGUCCCGCAUCUCGCGCGACUGGAGAUUCCGCCAGUUUGCCAGCCAUCCGCUUCUCGGCGAUCGUCAGCUGCUCGGCACUGAUCUGGAGCCGAGCUGGAGAAACAUGAUGCGGGUUGAGGACUCUGGCUGGCUGCGAGAUCACAAAGUCGAGGUGGAUAUUAUUCUGCCGUGUGCGGGCUAUCUGUCAAUGAUCGGAGAGGCAAUCCGACAGAUCAGCGGAUCACAGAGGAGCUACACCUUGCGAGGCGUGGUGAUCAGUUCGGCCCUAGUGCUGCGCGAGGGAACACCCACUGAGGUAGUGACGACCUUCCAUCCCCAUCGGCUAACCGAUUCGCUAGAUAGUCAAUGGUGGGAGUUUACCAUCGCCUCGUACAACGGCCAGACGUGGACCAAGCACUGCACUGGUCAGGCCUCGGGGACGGCGGCGGAGGAAGGGCAGACGCAGACGGCCGCCCUCAGGGAUCCCCUGCCGCGAAAGUUGCAAUCUAAGAAGUACUACGACCUCAUGGACCGUGCCGGCUUGAACUUCGGGCCGAUGUUCAAGCGCCUGACCAAUAUUGAAACGGGCACUCAGGAGAGGUUGGCAACAGCGAAGGUGACCACGGACCAAGCGGGAGAUGAAACGUACUAUCACCUCCAUCCCACUAUCAUUGACGCCUGUAUUCAGGCGGCUCCUCUUGCUGGCCUCCUGGGCACUGUGGACGCCAAGGCAUACCGACGAGUGCCCACCAAGAUCGACCGGGUGAUAGUCCGGCAAACCCCCACCAGGGUAGAUGACCUGCAGGUGUCCGCCUCAGCCACGUGUGUCAAAGGCACCGGGGAAGUGAUUGGGCAGGUCCAGCAAUGCAUCGCAGAUGGUACCAUUGUCAUGCACAUGGAAGGCUUGAAGCUUUCGCCUCUCGAAGAGGCCGGCGAGGCAGGAAAGACCGACGGCCUUGAAACCACCGCCCGCCUGACAUGGGGACCGCAUAUCGACUUCUUGGACGCCACCACGCUGAUCAAGCCGUCGUUUCCUCGGCAUCUGUACACGCCGGCUUUGGACGAGCUGGCUCGGCUAGGUAUGAUCUACGGCAGUCGGCGCAUCAAAGAUGUUAGCACGCCGGUGGCGCAUAUGCCCCUGUAUCGCGACUGGAUGAACCGCCAGGUGGAAGCAAUGCGGCUUGACGAAAAAUGGUCCACCUUCCUCGCCCUUGAGGAUGAGGCCCUUGUGGAGAGAAUCGAGCGACUGGUGCAACACCUGUCCGAGACUCCCGUCGUCGACUGCGCCAUCGGCCUCCAGAAAGUAGCCACCAACAUCGCGGCGCUCUUCACCGGAGAAACAGAGGCCCUCGAUAUCCUUCUCGCGGAUGACACCUUGUAUAAGCUCUAUGUCGUCACCGACGCGUCCAACCUGCGAAUCCUGGAGAUCGGAGCCGGGACGGGCGCGACGACGGCGAGCAUUCUGAAGCUGCUACGCCUGCCCGACUCGACUGGCACCAGCUCCACACCCUCCCUUUUCUCCAAGUACACGUACACGGAUAUUUCCUCGGGCUUCUUUGUGACGGCCAAGGAGCGGUUCAGUGGGGAGAGCAACAUUGAGUAUCGCACCCUGGACAUCAGCAAAGACCCGUCCGAGCAGGGGUUCGAUGGGGAGAAGUACGAUCUGAUCCUCGCGACCAACGUUCUGCAUGCAACAAACUACCUCGGUGAAACCCUCCGAAAUGUCCACAAGCUUCUCGACCCGAACGGACGACUGCUCCUUCACGAGCUGAACUCCCCCUCCAAGUGGCCCAACUUCAUCUUCGGCACGCUGGCGGGCUGGUGGUACGGUGGGCCGGAUGGAAGACCGGACGAGCCUUGUGUAUCCCCGGCUCGCUGGGAGUUGGAGCUGAAAGGCGCCGGUUUCGCCGGCUUGGAUGCGGUGGUGCUUGACGGCGAGCAGCCGCAUCAGCUGAACGCCAUCAUGGUGGCCAAGCCACGGGUCGAUGAUGGUACAGACCAAAAGAGAACUGUCAGUCUGCUCUGUGACCCCAGUGAUGACAGCUAUGCGGACUCCUUGUCGCACCGACUUAACAACCGAGGCUACGAGGUGCAGACAUUCCGGCUCGGGGACGAACUGCCCCAGUCCCAGGACAUCAUCUCCCUCCUCGACUGCACUCGCCCAUUCUUUGAAGACAUCGAUGCGGCUCGUUUCGCAGCCUUCCAGCACCUUUUGAAUACCGUUGGGGAGUCGGGUCUGCUGUGGAUCACGCAUCUCUCUCAAGUCCAAUGCCCCGACCCCCGGUUUGCCCAGGUCAUCGGCGCCGCACGCUCCAUUCGCUCAGAGAUGCUGGUGGACUUUGCGACGUGUGAAGUAGAUGACAUUCUUUCAUCGCUGGACAAGAUUAUCGACGUCUAUGCCAAAUUCCAUGCCCGAGCGAAGGACGAAUCCUUGAACCCGGAUUAUGAGUAUACCAUUGUGGGUGGGACCGUCUCUGUGGGACGGAUCUUCCCCUUCUCGCUCAAGGAUGACCUCGCCGUUGUGACCGAGCCAGACGACUGGGUCGCUCUUGACAUGGAGAAGCCCAGCCGACUAAGCUCUUUGCACUGGAAGGCUUCGAAAGGAAGACCCCUGGCUGGGGACGAAAUCGAGGUGGAGAUCUUCGCAGCCGGCCUGAACUUCAAAGAUGUCUUGGGCGCAUUGGCUGUGGUUCCGUUUCCCGACAAUGGCCUGGGAGUCGAGGCCAGCGGAAUCGUUCGCCAUGUGGGCCCCGACGUCAAGCGGCUGUGUCCCGGAGACCGGGUCAUGCUGCGCGAAGAUGGCACUUUCGCGACCCAUGCUAUUGCCUCCGAGAAGCUCUGUGCGAAGAUCCCCUCGGACCUCUCCUUCGAAGACGCAGCAACCAUGCCGGUCGUGUUCGCUACCGCCAUCUACUCGAUGUUCGAUCUGGGCGGAUUACAGGAAGGACAGUCGAUCCUGAUCCACAGUGCAUGCGGUGGCGUGGGGAUCGCCGCCAUCCAGCUGGCCCGCAUGGCAGGUGCCACCAUUUAUGCCACGGUAGGCAGUGAGGAGAAGGUACAGUACCUGAUGGAAACAUAUGGGUUGCCGAGAAAUCGCAUCUUCAACUCCCAUGACUCAAGCUUUGUGGAAGGUGUGAUGCGCGAAACCCAAGGCCAGGGAGUCGAUCUGGCUCUGAACUCCCUCUCCGGCGAGCUGUUGCACGCGACCUGGCUUUGCCUUGCUGAGUUCGGGAAGAUGGUGGACAUCGGCAAGCGUGACAUGCUUGGGGCUGCUCGGCUCGACAUGGGCCGCUUCCUGGGCAGUCGCACGUAUUCCUGCUUUUACUUGGACCUGCUGCGAGACAAGCGGCCAUCCGAGUGCAAACGACUUCUCGAACUGAUCAUGACGUACUUCCGAGCCGGUCAUAUCACACCAAUCAGGCCCAUUACGACAUUCGAUGCCACGGCUAUGGAGGAUGCGUUCCGACACAUGCAACAAGGAACCCAUCUCGGCAAACUGGUCAUCCUCUUGCGAAACGAUGAUGGCAGCCCCAAGAUCGACCCGACAUUAGUGAAAACUACCACGGACCUCGACUUGGACAGCACCGCAUCCUACCUCAUGAUCGGUGGCCUCGGUGGUCUUGGACGGGCCGUAUCGCGGCGUCUCGUGGAGCAUAAGGCCCGCCGUCUGGUCUUCCUUUCCCGAAGCGCGGGCCAGGGUCCGAACGAUAAUGACUUCGUCCGGGAGCUCGAGAGCAUGGGAUGCGACGUUCGACUCGUCCAGGGCAGUGUCACCAACGAAGGUGAUGUCAAACGAGCCAUCCAGCAAGCACCCAACCUGAAAGAUGUACUCCAACUGUCCAUGGUCCUCCGAGACCAAGCGUUCCCCCACAUGACUCUGGCCGAAUGGAACACCGCGGUUGCGCCCAAGAUCCAAGGAACAUGGCACCUCCACAACGCCACCCAGGCCGCCGGGAUCACCCUCGACUUCUUCGUGCUCUUCUCGUCCACGUCCGGUGUGCUGGGCCUGCCUGGCCAGGCCAACUACGCCGGAGCAAACACUUUCCUGGACGCCUUCGUCCAGUACCGGACCAGACUGGGACUAGCCGCCUCCGCGGUCGAUAUCGGCGCAGUCCAGGACAUCGGCUACGUGGCGGAGGACGACGCCCUGCUCCAGCGCCUGAAGCAGACGGGUGCGCACCAUCUUACCGAGUCCGAGCUUCUCGAGGCCGUACUGGCCACGAUCUCUUUCUCCGUGAUCCCCAACGCGGCCAAUGAUGUCAACGACGGUCUAGGAUUUGUAGACAAAAAUAAUUUUAUCCUUGGUCUUCGCACAUCCGUCCCCCUCAGCAGACCCGAGAGUCGCGUGUUUUGGAGAACGGAUCGCCGUAUGGCGUUAUACCAUAAUUCCGUCGCGAAGACUAACGUACUCGAUGUCAGUUCCGACGGUGAUAGUCUGCAGGCCUUCCUCGCCCGGGCAAAAUCUGACCCGUAUAUAUUGAGGGCCGGGGAAAGCGCUAGUUUGUUAGCAAGAGAAAUCGGGAAUAAGCUGUUCAACUUCUUGCUAAAGACGGGCGAGGACUUGAAUACUUCGCUGCCGCUGUCGCAGCUGGGCAUGGACUCAUUGGUGGGUGUGGAGAUGCGCAGCUGGUGGAGACAGGCGUUCGGCUUUGACAUUACCGUACUGGAGAUGAUGGGGAUGGGGAAUUUGGAAGGGUUGGGGAAGCAUGCGGCGGAGGGGCUCGCAAAGUUGUCGGGUAUCGAAUGA